AUUUCAAAAACUCAUACUAGGCCGCAGCUUCAUAUGCAACACACUCAGGCUAAAUGAUCACGUGAAUGGUACUACCAGCCGGGAAGAUAUCGACGAUAAGUACAUGGGUGGCACCAUUCCGGUUUCUGGUACCCUGUUAUCAGUCGGAUCUUACUCGGUUCUUUCGAGUUUCUCCAAACCCUGCACAGACAAAGUCCGGACAUCCUCACGUCAUUCACAACGAGAAGACCCCAGGCUCUCCUCGACAUGCUCGCUUCAGUUUAAUGCUGCGAUUAUUAUCAAGCGGUAUACUGAAGAUAUUACGCGCGCGCGUCCAGCUACCACGAACGGCAAUGAGCGGGCUCACCGCAAUAUUAACCGUGACGGCGUGAACUUGACACUUCUAGGAGGACGAGCCUUUGACGACCGAGCAGCGCAGAGCAUUGAUGUUCAUGUGUCAUUGGGCAUUGGCACUCGUGAUCGUGAUUCCACUCAUGUUACCGUGCAUCGAGAAGUGUCACUCGUCAAGGUAUGUAUGCAUCUUCACUCUCACCAUUCAAUUUUUAACAACAAUGGCCGCUGAGCUCUAUCAUAGCGCCGCCACGUCACGCAAAAUCUAGUGGUACGACCCGGCGCAGACAAUGGACACCAGGAUGCACUGCAGCAACCAGCGCCCCAAAGAAUCACACCAGUACCAUCCUGCACACCUGCCAAUGCCCUUCGCCCAGACAUAAGAGGAGUACCGGAGCCGUGUCUAUGGCCGGCGCAGCAUACUGCACACACUUAUAUCACUGCACACCGAGUUACUCCACUCCGCCUCACCCAUGUUCCCAUCUCGCAGUUCAGUGCUCUUGAUGGUGCACUUCGUGGGUGAGUACUUAG